CACUCUCCAGCACCCCAUCCCACCCGGCCUUGACCGACCGAACCCACCGGCCUCGCCGGCGAUGCCCUCCUCCUCCUUCGUUGGCGCCGUCGCCGCCGCCGCCAUUUCCAGCGGCGCGUCGUCCACGCUCUCCCCGAACGCCGCUCCCUACACCCUCCUCGCGCGCCAGGGCCGCGCCCCUCCCGGGUGCCUCCAGGACGGUGAUGCUUCGAGGGUGAUUGAUGAUAACUCUGUGUUGAAUGGAGAGGUCAACAAUGCAUACUCGGCGUCGUUGGCAACCCACUUUGGGAUGAAGCCGAGUGACGCUGUUUAUCCAAGCAAUGCACAUGGAAUGCGCCAGAGUCAGCCAAGCUCGUCACGUGGAAGUCCUGCCAGUGUCUAUCUAUCUCCAAGUUCCUCAGUUUCAGAGUCGUCGGUUGCCAUAGCUUCCAAUUUCAAUCAGGGCCGAAUUCCCAUGACCUCAGGAAGGGUAACAGUGACGAUCAGAAGCCCUCCGAAUAAAACUUCAGAAACUGACAACACCAGUUUUGGUUCUAGCAAAUUGUCUAUAUGGCAAAAUGAUGAAUUUAAUAAAGAAACUGGGAAAGUUGUCUCCUGCGGAAACUUAGAAUUGAGUAACCCUACUAAUGGAAAUGGCACUUCACAAGGCACCAUGGUUUUCUCGAAAGAGCUAAAUCCUGAAGUCAGCGUGAAGCCUCAUGGACCAUCUGUGUGUGCUAGCCCAUGUGUUACAGUGGCUGAUGACGUGAAUCCUGAUCCAUCGGAGUGUUCUGUGGAUUCACCAUGCUGGCGAGGGACGGCUUCUCGUCCCUCUCCUUUUGAUGUUCAUCAAACAUUAGUUGCCCAAUCUGUGAAACAAGAAUCAGUGGCUUUUGAUGCAGGCCAGGAACAAAGCUUUAGCACUGAUUGUGAGGCUCCAACUAAACUUCCGCAUUUGGUCGCUAGCAAGAGUAAGCAAAACCAUCCCCAAUCGCAUGCUGAAUUGGGUCUGUCCAAAAAACCUGGAGACAUUGGUACAAACCUGACACACGAUUCCCAUGAGAAGGAGCUCGAGUUUGUGAAGCAUGGUGCAGCAAAAUGCAAUGCAGAGAAACACUGUUUAGAAAUGAUAGAUGAUGACAUAAAACGAUCUGGCCUAAACUCUGCUGCUCCUGAUUUUAUUCCCUUGUCAGUUAGGAAAUCAAAUUCCAGCAGUGGUUCCUGUUCAUCUGGAACGAACAUAUCAGGAAUUCUGAGGGCGAUCAAGAGUAUGUCGGAGGUGUUAUGUAAUAAUUAUUCUGAUGAAAUUGAGCUAGAGGAGCAUGACUACAGCCUCCUCCAAUCAGUAAUUGAGAAUCUUCAGAGUUAUCUUUCUAAAGCAAAAAAGGUUCCUGUUAAGGGUAUUUCUGACAAGGCAGGAGGACUAAAGGCUUGUUACUCUCAGAAUGCAGUUUCAAAAUCUGUCACAAGAAACUACAAUGGUAGUUACACUGCUGAUAAUGGAAAAGGCAUAAUUAUCUCUAAUAUUGCUGAUUCUAGUCGGUUGCUUGGUGAGUUACGGAAAAAGUGCGCGACUGGGUACCAGCCUUCACUCAACAAUUUUCCAAAGGAGCUCUCAUGCGAGGAGGAUCACUCACAGGCUCUUAUUUAUAAAAAUUUGUGGAUCGAUGCAGAACGUGCAAAUUGUGCGUUGAAGUAUCAAUUGAAACAAACUCGUUUGGAAAUUGAUCUAGAGUCUAGCAGGGCUCAUAUUGGUGGUGGUCCAAGAAUCCCUCCUUUCCAUCAAUGUGAUCCGGGUAGAGAUCUAAGUAGUUCCUGUGGAUCUGCCAUAACUAGCCCACUGAUGCUCAAGGAUAAUCCUGGAGGAAGAAAGAGUCAUAACCUUCUUUAUGCUGCCGACCGCAUCCAGUCAGGAGACAACAGUGUUCUAUCAAGGUCAAAAGGUCACAUAACUGUGCCAAAUAGUAUUGAGGAUGAAUAUUUCCUGUCAGGCUUGGAAGAAACUGGCGUCCACCCCCAUGCUCAUUCUGGUGUACUAGUAGCACCAAGUAGGGCUCACAGAGGGUUGGACGCAAGGACUUCUGAUGGACUGCCAUCACUCUCACAUAUCACUGGAAGCGAUGGCAUUUUGCUUUAGGUACGCUUUAGUUUGAAAUCGUGAGUUUGGAUCUUCAGAUUGGGAGCAUGUGCUGAAGGAAGAAAUCGGCUCAACCUGAAGGGAUCUGCCAGCCAGAUGCAUAUAUAGCUACUGUACAUAUAUGAGCAACCAUGAACCCCUAGGAAUUCAGGGCCUCUUGGUGUAUAUUUUGCUUGACAAGGCUGAUGAAUUGGCACUGCUUUGCUAAACGGUGCUGCUCCAGCCUACGGAAAACUAGGAACAGUGCUUAUAAUUCAUGACUUGGAUCAGUAUGCUAAUUGUCUCUGCUACUAACUACAAA